ACUGUCAGUGUCAUUGUCAAUAAUUUUAAUAUUUGUGCUAGUGUUAGUACUCGAGAAAUAUAUUUCUACUGAAUCCACUUUAAUCGUGUGAAUCUUGAUAUAAACUAAGUGAAUUAACCCAACAAUAAUGGUUAUUAAAGCGGGUGGUGAUUCCGCUAAAGUUAAUUCGGCUGUUUACAAGGAUAAAAGCAAGCCGACAGACAUUCGGCUGAGCAACAUAAAUGCCGCAAAAGCCGUAUCAGAUGCUAUCCGCACCAGUCUCGGUCCCCGCGGGAUGGAUAAAAUGAUCCAAGCAGCAAAUGGUGAAGUGACAAUAACCAAUGAUGGGGCCACUAUUUUGAAACAGAUGAGUGUGAUUCACCCAGCUGCUAAAAUGUUGGUAGAACUGUCCCGCGCCCAAGACAUUGAGGCGGGUGAUGGCACUACCUCAGUGGUCGUGAUCGCAGGAGCCCUGCUGGACUCUGCUGAGAAGCUCUUGCAGAAAGGCAUCCAUCCUACAGUCAUUUCAGAUGGGUUCCAGAAAGCUCUACAAAUGGCCCUCCAGGUGAUCGAAGGCAUGGCGACUCCUGUGGACCUCCAGAACGAGGAAGCCCUACUGCAGGCAGCCGCCACAUCCCUCAACUCUAAAGUUGUUUCUCAGCACUCAACCAUUUUGGCUCCUAUUUCUGUCCAGGCUAUUCGCGCUGUGAUGGAGCCGAUAGUGGGCGGCGUGGGCGCGCGCGUGGACCUGCGCGACGUCAAGGUGCUGGAGCGGCUGGGCGGCACGGUGGAGGACACCGAGCUGGUGCAGGGGCUCGUCGUGCCGCACCGCGCCGCCAACGUCAACGGGCCGCAUCGCCUCGAGAAGGCUAAAGUCGGCCUGAUACAGUUCUGCAUAUCGCCGCCCAAGACUGAUAUGGACCACAACGUAAUCGUGUCGGACUACGCCGCGAUGGACCGCGUGCUCAAAGAGGAGCGCCAGUACAUCCUGAACAUCGUGAAGCAGAUCAAGAAGGCGGGCUGCAACGUGCUGCUCGUGCAGAAGUCCAUCCUCAGAGACGCUUUGAGUGACCUAGCGGUGCACUUCCUCGACAAGAUCAAGUGCAUGGUCAUCAAGGACAUCGAGCGCGAAGAUAUCGAGUUCGUGUGCAAGACUCUCGGCUGCCGGCCCAUCGCUUCGCUCGACCACUUCACGGCCGAGAACCUGGUCAAUGUGGAUCUGGUCGAGGAGGUCAAUGAACCUUCCGGCAAGUACAUUAAGAUGACCGGGUGCGCCAGCGGCGGGCGCACGGUGUCGGUGCUGGUGCGCGGGUCGUCGGGCGCCGUGGUGGCGGAGGCGGCGCGCUCGCUGCACGACGCGCUGUGCGCCGUGCGCUGCGUGGCGCGCCGGCCCGCGCUGCUGCCCGGCGGCGGCGCGCCCGAGGCGGCGGCGGCGGCCGCGCUGGCCCGCGCCGCCAUCGCCGCGCCCGGCGCCGACCACUACUGCCUGCGCGCCUAUGCUGACGCUCUCGAAGUUGUGCCUUCCACGCUCGCUGAGAAUGCGGGCUUAAACCCCAUCGAAACAGUGACGGAGCUGCGCGCCGCCCACGCGGCCGGCGGCGCCGGCGCGGCGGGCGCGGGCGUCAACGUGCGCCGCGGCCGCGUCACCGACAUGCGCCAGGAGCACGUGCUGCAGCCGCUCCACGUCACCGCCUCGGCGCUCGCGCUCGCCACCGAGACCGUGCGCGCCAUACUCAAGAUCGACGACAUUGUGAGUGUAACUGACUGAACCCUAUAGAGACAGCAACAGACGGCCGCGUCACCGACAUGCGCCAGGAGCACGUGCUGCAGCCGCUCCACGUCACCGCCUCGGCGCUCGCGCUCGCCACCGAGACCGUGCGCGCCAUACUCAAGAUCGACGACAUUGUGAGUGUAACUGACUGAACCCUAUAGAGACAGCAACAGACGGCCGCGUCACCGACAUGCGCCAGGAGCACGUGCUGCAGCCGCUCCACGUCACCGCCUCGGCGCUCGCGCUCGCCACCGAGACCGUGCGCGCCAUACUCAAGAUCGACGACAUUGUGAGUGUAACUGACUGAACCCUAUAGAGACAGCAACAGACGGCCGCGUCACCGACAUGCGCCAGGAGCACGUGCUGCAGCCGCUCCACGUCACCGCCUCGGCGCUCGCGCUCGCCACCGAGACCGUGCGCGCCAUACUCAAGAUCGACGACAUUGUGAGUGUAACUGACUGAACCCUAUAGAGACAGCAACAGACGGCCGCGUCACCGACAUGCGCCAGGAGCACGUGCUGCAGCCGCUCCACGUCACCGCCUCGGCGCUCGCGCUCGCCACCGAGACCGUGCGCGCCAUACUCAAGAUCGACGACAUUGUGAGUGUAACUGACUGAACCCUAUAGAGACAGCAACAGACGGCCGCGUCACCGACAUGCGCCAGGAGCACGUGCUGCAGCCGCUCCACGUCACCGCCUCGGCGCUCGCGCUCGCCACCGAGACCGUGCGCGCCAUACUCAAGAUCGACGACAUUGUGAGUGUAACUGACUGAACCCUAUAGAGACAGCAACAGACGGCCGCGUCACCGACAUGCGCCAGGAGCACGUGCUGCAGCCGCUCCACGUCACCGCCUCGGCGCUCGCGCUCGCCACCGAGACCGUGCGCGCCAUACUCAAGAUCGACGACAUUGUGAGUGUAACUGACUGAACCCUAUAGAGACAGCAACAGACGGCCGCGUCACCGACAUGCGCCAGGAGCACGUGCUGCAGCCGCUCCACGUCACCGCCUCGGCGCUCGCGCUCGCCACCGAGACCGUGCGCGCCAUACUCAAGAUCGACGACAUUGUGAGUGUAACUGACUGAACCCUAUAGAGACAGCAACAGACGGCCGCGUCACCGACAUGCGCCAGGAGCACGUGCUGCAGCCGCUCCACGUCACCGCCUCGGCGCUCGCGCUCGCCACCGAGACCGUGCGCGCCAUACUCAAGAUCGACGACAUUGUGAGUGUAACUGACUGAACCCUAUAGAGACAGCAACAGACGGCCGCGUCACCGACAUGCGCCAGGAGCACGUGCUGCAGCCGCUCCACGUCACCGCCUCGGCGCUCGCGCUCGCCACCGAGACCGUGCGCGCCAUACUCAAGAUCGACGACAUUGUGAGUGUAACUGACUGAACCCUAUAGAGACAGCAACAGACGGCCGCGUCACCGACAUGCGCCAGGAGCACGUGCUGCAGCCGCUCCACGUCACCGCCUCGGCGCUCGCGCUCGCCACCGAGACCGUGCGCGCCAUACUCAAGAUCGACGACAUUGUGAGUGUAACUGACUGAACCCUAUAGAGACAGCAACAGACGGCCGCGUCACCGACAUGCGCCAGGAGCACGUGCUGCAGCCGCUCCACGUCACCGCCUCGGCGCUCGCGCUCGCCACCGAGACCGUGCGCGCCAUACUCAAGAUCGACGACAUUGUGAGUGUAACUGACUGAACCCUAUAGAGACAGCAACAGACGGCCGCGUCACCGACAUGCGCCAGGAGCACGUGCUGCAGCCGCUCCACGUCACCGCCUCGGCGCUCGCGCUCGCCACCGAGACCGUGCGCGCCAUACUCAAGAUCGACGACAUUGUAAAUACUAUGAACUGAAGUGCCUACGCUAUUCACAAAGUAUUAGUUUUAAUCCCCUUAGCUUCGAUAGAUGCUUGUUUUAAUUUUCGUCACAGGAUGGCAUUUAUGUAUGUUCACAUUAAGUGUUUAUAUUAUUACCUACUAAUUCAGAAUUAAUGACUUUUCAUCUCGUUUACUGCUUGGAACAACAAUUUUUAUGUAACCAGCAAUUGGAACUUGAAAUUAAGUUUCUAAAUAUUAGUCACAAGUACUUAUGUUCGAGAUUGUUUUCAUACAUUGUAUUGUUCUCGCAUUGGGAUAACUUUAAGGGAACUAUCUCGCAUAUAUUUAUUUUUGUAUUCUUUAUGGUACUAGCUACAAAUAAUUCAAGUUCCCGAAUUAGAGGACUUUACACAACUUGCAAUAAAUUAAUAUUUAAAAAUAAAAGUAUUAAUUCAA